UCCCGCAUCACAACUACGUCACUCCAAGCAAUGAUCACAUUAGCUCUAUGGAAUUGUAACCAGCCGCAGUAAAGUAAUUCCUCAAAUAAUAGUGUUUUCCAUGGUACUCAGUAUGACUGCCAAUUAGCUAGGGCUUGAUCCUGUCCUCGUUAUGUUCGCCAUCAUCGAGCGCCUCCACGGAGCAGAUAGUCUCACCACUCUAUAUCCCAAAGAUGCUGGGUAUACUCAGGGAAUUACUCACCCAGCAUAUCUUUUGCCGCAGCCAUUUCGAUUGAAAGAGUGUAGAUCAUCAGACCGUGUCUCCCUCGCGAUAAAUGUACCAUUCAGAGGGUCCUUGUAAUAUGAAAUGGGCUACUAUAGUAGAGUUUGGAGAAAACGACCGGGGUGGAAGCCCACGGCAAGAUACAUUUUACUUCAACUUUAUCGUAUUGGGACUGGGUGCGGGCGCUGUCCAACCAGCAAGUGCCAAGUCCUCCUGGGACCUACUUGGUCCUGGAUAUUGGGCAACCAGGGAGACGCGGUUGUUCUAGUUGUACCCGGCGGACGCCCUUUGAGAGGAACGGGCAGCCCAGCCGGUAAGUAGUGUCUUGUUGAAUGUUGAUCGUUUUGGUGUGUCAAUCAAUCACGGAAACAAUAGGAUACCUGUUCAGAGGCAGUGAGAUGCUUG